GUUAUGUAAUGUUUCUGUUUCUGUCGAAUGUGUGUCGCUGAGUGUGUGUUGGUCUGAGAGGAUGGUGGGUGGUACUUAGAGCCGCAACAGGAGAUGUAGAUCAGUCUUCUGUAAUGAAUCGAGGUGGAAAGAUGAAGCUCCUACUGAGAAGUCUGCUUCUCAGCUCUCUCUGCGCGCUCUCAUCAUGGAGUGUUUCUUCAGAUGCACUUGUUGUUACUCAGAGUCCAGAUGUUUCUGUCCAAGAAGGAGAGACAGGAAGCAUCACCUGCUGCUGGAAUGGGACAGCAGAAAGAGUUGGCAUUAAAUGGUUGAAAAACCAAACAUUAAUAGAGAAUAAGACUGUCAUAAAUCAGACUACAGGCUCUAAGAAUGAGCAGAAAAAUAAGUGUUCAGUUCUGAUAAUAGAAAACAUGACAACAGGUGAUUCAGGAAAAUACAUCUGCAAGGUUUCUGUGGAGAUACCACGUUUAGAUGUAGUUGAAGGAAAAGGAACGACCAUCACAGUUACAGCCAGAGAGAACAUCACUAAAAGCACACUUGAAGAUCGAAAGGAUAAAGGAACUCAGGAGUAUCCCGUAAUCAUUGGCGUGGGUGUCAUGGUCCCGCUCUUCCUCAUCACUCUCAUCUGUUUCUGCUCUCUGCGAAAGAAGGAAGGACAAGCAGCCAGGGUGAUCUAUGAAGUUCCACACACUGACUCUAUCCAAGCAGAUAUGGAUAAAACCAGCACCAGUUCUUCCAGAGGCUCAACUCAGUGGUGUGAAGUUUUCAUGUAUGACUCCUUGGAUUACUUCGAGCAAGUGGAGCCCAAAAGAACUAAAUAGGAUCUCAUCCGACACGUUCCUACUUGGAAUUUUGUAAAUGCUGUAUAUUUAUAUAUCUGAGUAACAUAAGUCAUUUUAUGCAUGUAAAUAUGUCCCAUUUUCAUAUAAACCACGUCUUAUUCAGUAGAGUGGCCAAUUCAUUUAUUCACGUUGUCAUCACACAUACAACUAUAUUCAACUUAUUGAAAAGUUGAUUUAUUUCAGUAAGUCCGUUCACUCAGUGAAACACUACAUGCACCACACACACCACACACACUGAUCUAUUCAAGUUUUUAUUUCUAUUACUAUGAGGAUUUUAUGCUUUAGAAUUGUAUAUCAGAUAAAAACAAUGUUUUUAAUAAAGAAAAGUGGGAUUGAUAAGUAUUA